AUGCCGCAUCUCAUCUUCGGCGCCGGCAGCAUCGGCACCACCGCGACGUCCUUUACUUACACCUGGGACACACCCGCUAAAGUCGCUGCUUUACUGACAGAACUGCGCCGUCUGGGCCUGUGCACACUCGACUCGGCCGCCAGCUACCCCCCCGGCAAUGCCUGGAACACAGAGACCCUGCUGGGGCAGGCGGCCUGCCUGUCGGGAGACUCGUUUCGUCUGAUGCCAUUUAUAAUUGACACAAAAGUGCUCGUCCGUGCCGGCGAACCUUUCUUGUCCGACGCCCUCGUCGACGCCAGCAUCAGCCACUCACUCGCCCUCCUGCGCGUUUCCCGCGUCCGCACGCUCUACGCCCACGCCAACGACGGCAUCACGCCGCUGGCCGGCCAGGCGGCCGCCCUCGAUCGCCAGGUCCGUCUGGGACGCUGCGCCCAGUACGGCCUUAGCAACUAUGCGCCGGCCGAUGUGGCCUCGUUCUUUGACAUUUGUGAGGAGCACAAGUACAUCAAGCCGGCCGUCGUCCAGGGCAUGUACAAUGCCUUGCGCCGCGAGGCCGAGGACGAGCUGCUGCCGCUGCUGCGCCGCCACGGCUGUGCCUUUUAUGCAUACAGCCCGCUGGCCGGCGGGUUCCUAACGGGCAAGGUGACAGCGGCAAAAGACAGACAGGAUGGAGCGGGUCGUCGAGGAGAAGGGCCGCCAGGCGAGCUCCUGCGCACACGGUGGCAUGGCGCCAGUGCGUUCCCGCCGUACCUCAAAAUUUACGACACCCCGGCCAUGCAUGCGGCCGUACGUCGACUGCAGGCCGUCUGCGCCGCCGCCGACCCGCCCAUGACCACGCAAGAGGCGGCCAUGCGUUGGCUGCUGCACCACUCGGCACUGACCGACACGGACGACGGCGUCAUCUUCGGCGCCAAAACCGUCGAGCAGAUCCGGACGAAUGUCGCCGAGAUGCGGCGAGGGCCGCUGCCCGAGGCGGUGCGCGAGGUCGUCGACGGGCUGUGGGCCACCACGCGAAAGCCGAAGACGGCGGCAAAGAACAGUAAAGCGAGUCUGUAA